UGGCAGCCCUAAAAAUCAGCUGUUGCUGGCGGGAUCAAUUUAGGGAGUGUAUUGUUAAUUGUUUUUGUUUUACUUGGAAGUUGAAACUAACUAGGAUGAGAAAGUACCAGCAGCUGUUGCUGCUGCUCAUCUCCUGCAUUAGCGUGGGCAUACUGCUGAUGUACAAAACCGAGAACAAUCGCCUCAAGUACGUGAUCAAGUACGUGAACUUCUUCGGACGCAACGAUGCUGCUGUUCUCCGGCGCCUGGAGAACGGCACCAAGGAGUACGGAGCACAGGCGCUGUGGCGCCCUCUGCCCGUGUGGCAGGUGAUCGGGGACUCCUUUCAUGCCUACUCCGCCUUCUGGAUGCGCAACGAACUGGUGGCCGGCGGAGAAGCACACGUCCUAGUUGUCGGCAAAAAGGGAGCAGUGGUGGACUUCCGUUGCAGCCUAGACCUUCUAGGCGGACGCAAUGUGCAGGGAAAGUUUCGUUUUCAGAGGGACUCUAUUGAGAGCCUGGUGGAUGACAAGUCUUCCAACUUCACCAGUUAUCACUUCUUUUGUCAGGUGAGCCGAGAUUUCGGCCAGCCCGUUAGUGUCUCCUUCACGGACAUAACAACCACCAGGAGUCCAGUGAAGCUGCGUCUGCGAAACCUUAAGCCAGCGAGCAAAAAGACCGACGCCAAGGCAGUAGGUGUAGCGCCCCGCUUACCGGCCACCAUUUGCGUGGAUCUAGUUGGCUUCAACAUGACCUCCAAGUUCGCACGGACUGAAAGUGCUUUGCUGCAAUUCUUCCUAUUUCACCAGGCCAUGGGAAUUCAGCAUUUUUUGGUCUACAACUACGACGAACUGCCUGAGGAAGUGAUUCAUCUGUUGGAGCGCAGCAACAUCCACCUCUACGGGUUGCCGUUUAAUUUUCCAUUCCAGCAGACCAACGGCACACGUUCAAGGAUCCAUCAAUUAUUACUUUCGGACUGCCUGCUGCGGAAUGUGAACCACGCCUGUUUCACCCUCCUGCUCCGCCCCAACGAGCUCUUCUUUCCCAACUGCAAAUUCUCUGGGGAUCUGCCGAAAGGAUCGCUCCAGCAGCAGCUACGACACUUCUCGUCUGAAAUCACGCGCUUUGAACUGGCAACCAUGUCAGUGUGCUUCGAUGACCGGAAGAAACUUCUGCCCGACAACGUUCAGUACGACCCGGAGCGAAGAUCUGAGUUCAAAACAUUGCUGAAUCGCCUGGAGCUGCCGCCGGCGCAGAUCUUGGCCAGUACAUCCGAUGUGGAACUUUCGUUAUCAACCGGAUUCGUGCACCGCUAUGUGGACUGCGACCACAUUGGCAGCGAUGGCCUGCACGACUGGCGAAACGCAGUGCGCGAGGACUUUAUGGACCACAUCAACGUGCUCCGCAACGAGGUGGAGCUACUCAUCUAGCA